UGCUGCCUCAGUCUGCGGCGGGCAGCAGAGGAGUCGCGUCGUGCCCGAGAGUGCUGCCGUGCUCCUGGGCCCCUCGCGCUGCGUCCCCGCGGCCCACGGACCCACAGCUCCUUGGACCCUCUGCCCCAAGCCGCCACCAUGAACUACCUGCGGCGCCGCCUGUCUGACAGCAACUUCAUGGCCAAUCUGCCGAAUGGGUACAUGACAGAUCUGCAGCGCCCACAGCCACCUCCGCCUCCACCCUCGGCCGCCAGCCCUGGGGCCACACCCGGCUCCGUGACCGCCACUGCUGAGAGGGCCUCCACGGCCGCGCCAGUUGCCUCUUCAGCAGCCCCUAGUCCCGGGUCCUCGGGGGGCGGUGGCUUCUUCUCAUCACUGUCCAAUGCGGUCAAACAGACCACAGCAGCUGCAGCUGCCACCUUCAGCGAGCAGGUGGGCGGCGGCUCUGGGGGUGCAGGCCGCGGGGGCGUCGCCGCCAGGGUGCUGCUGGUCAUCGACGAGCCGCACACCGACUGGGCCAAAUACUUCAAAGGGAAGAAGAUCCAUGGAGAAACUGACAUUAAAGUAGAGCAAGCUGAAUUCUCUGAUCUCAAUCUUGUGGCUCAUGCCAAUGGUGGAUUCUCUGUAGAUAUGGAAGUUCUUCGGAAUGGGGUCAAAGUUGUGAGGUCUCUGAAGCCAGACUUUGUGCUGAUCCGCCAGCAUGCCUUCAGCAUGGCUCGCAAUGGAGACUACCGCAGUUUGGUCAUUGGGCUGCAGUAUGCUGGGAUCCCCAGUGUUAACUCUUUGCAUUCUGUCUACAACUUCUGUGACAAACCCUGGGUGUUUGCCCAGAUGGUUCGACUACACAAGAAGCUUGGAACAGAGGAAUUCCCUCUGAUUGAUCAGACUUUCUACCCCAAUCACAAAGAGAUGCUCAGCAGCACAAUAUACCCUGUGGUUGUGAAGAUGGGCCAUGCACACUCUGGGAUGGGCAAGGUCAAGGUAGACAACCAACAUGACUUCCAGGACAUUGCAAGUGUUGUGGCAUUGACUAAGACGUAUGCGACUGCUGAGCCUUUCAUUGAUGCCAAAUAUGAUGUGCGUGUGCAGAAGAUUGGGCAGAACUACAAGGCCUAUAUGAGGACAUCAGUGUCAGGGAACUGGAAGACCAACACAGGCUCAGCCAUGCUUGAGCAGAUUGCCAUGUCUGAUAGGUACAAGUUGUGGGUAGACACGUGCUCAGAGAUUUUUGGGGGACUUGACAUCUGCGCAGUGGAAGCGCUGCAUGGCAAAGAUGGAAGGGACCACAUUAUUGAGGUGAGAUCACCCCGGGAUUGGUGAAACACAGA